CUAUAAAUCAAGAAAACAUAAAUAAAGACCAAUAAACAGAUCUGAAACUUAUUUAGCAUUGCAGCAACAUAAUUCUUGCAGUUUCCACAGUGAACAAAUGUUAAAGCAUCAAAUCUGUGCUGUGCUGCUCCUUAUGGAGUUUAAGGUGCUUGUUGCAGCUCAAAGUAGUUGUCCAGCUAAUGCUGGGGUGCCGGGCUCACCGGGACACAACGGCAGCCCUGGCAGAGAUGGAAGAGACGGGUUUCCUGGACCAAAUGGAGAAAAAGGAGAUCCAGGAGUUGGUGCACAGGGACCCCCAGGUAAAAUAGGACCAGCAGGGCCAGCAGGGCCAGCAGCACCAGCAGGUGCUGUUGGCCCUAAAGGGCAGAAAGGAAGUCCAGGUCCACAAGGCACUGCUGCUGACAUUAAUUUAAUUACAAAACUUCAAUUAGACAUCAAAAAACUAACAGACAGACUCAGUGGAAUAGAGAAAGCUUCCAGGUUUCGCAUAUUUAGGAAUAUUGGAGGAAAAUACUAUGUGUCUGAUGCGCUGACAGCAAAUUACAAUGAUGGAUUGAAGUUCUGCGCAAAUGCAGGGGGAAGAAUUGCCCUGCCAACAAGUAAAGAGGAAAAUAACUUGUUAAUGUCAUUGCAUGCUGUCCUUGGAUCUUCUUAUAUAAUGAUUGGAACAACAGACAUUCAGAUAGAGGGGACAUUUGUAGAUAUGCACAAUCAACCUCUGACUUUUACCAAAUGGAAGAAAAAUGAACCUAAUGAUUAUCGUGGAAGUGAGGACUGUGUUGCCAUCUUAACAGAUGGUGAAUGGAACGAUGUUAAGUGUAACUCAGAGUGGCACGUGGUGUGUGAACUACAAAUGUAAUAAAUUUCGGAGAACAUUUAAAGUAAUUAUUUC